AUGAUUUCAGCCUGGAUCCUGAUUACAUUUUGUGUUGCCCCCCUGACUCUGGUGACAAGUGAUGCCUGCAUCUCUCCUGGAGAAUCCAUUAAUGCUACUAGUGGUCACAUUUCAAGCCCCAAUUUUCCCAACAACAAUGACAAAAAUAGGAUUUGUACCUGGAAUAUCACGGUACCUGGUGGGAAAAUCAUCAAAGUGACCUUCUUGAACUUUACCCUGGUAGCAGGUGAAAACGAUGACUGUGCUGGAGCGUCAGAUGAUAGUGCCCGAGUCUUUAUCACAAACGUUGCCUCUCAUGGAGGAAAUCCCAAUGACUUUAAGAUCUGUGGUCAAAAGCUUCCCCAUCCUGUGUACUCCGAGGGAAACUUCAUUCAAGUGAGAUUUGAAUCUCGCGCCGGCACUGUAAACAAAGGGUUCAAUGCAACCUUUGAGGCGAUAGAUGGAGAUUCAUUGUGCCCAGCAGAUAUGAUCCUCGAUGAAACAUCAGGUUCUUUCUCCUCUCCCUUUAAUCCAAGAAACUAUCCAUUCAACAAGACAUGUAGCUGGAAGAUUAUGGGGAAACAAGGAUACCGUGUUGAGCUCACAAUACCAGACUAUAAUCUUGAACGUUGCGCUGCUUGCUCGUGUGAUUAUUUGGAAGUUCAGAAUAGCUUCAGUGAUAAAGCGCUACCUGGAAAACUAUGUGGUACACCAAGGUUUACUCCUUUAAAAUUUUAUUCACUGAACGAAAGCUUGAGGGUGGUGUUUGUGUCCGAUGAUACAAACAUGGAUUAUGACGGAUUUGGGGCAACUUACAAGCUGUUGAACUACAGUCCUCCAAUUUGUCCCAAGGAAGCAAUUCCUCUCUCAGGCAGCGGCAAAAUAAGCAGCACAAACUACCCAAAGAGUAACUACACUGCGUCCAGAAAUUGUACCUGGAACAUUACCGCGCCAGCUGACAAAAUUGUAAAGUUUACGUUUACUGACUUUGUCUUAAGUGAGUGUUCAGCCAAUCCUUGUUCGGAUUCUUGUUCUUAUGUGGAGCUUUAUGAUGGUGGGUCAACAAGUUCGCCUUCGCUGGGGCGAUUUUGCCAGGGGUCGUCUUGGAAUAAGCCUCAGUUGUCGUCUGGAAAUCAAAUGUUUGUGAUGUUCCAUCCUGGACAAACAGUUGAUCGUGGAUUUGAAGCAAAAUAUGAGUCUACAAUGGCCGGUGCCUCCAACCCUAUUGGAGAAACCAUUAAUGCUACUAGUGGUCACAUUUCCAGCCCCAAUUUUCCCGACAACUAUGACACAAGUAGGAUUUUUACCUGGAAUAUCACGGUGCCUGGUGGGAAAAUCAUCAAACUGACCUUCUUGAGCUUUACCCUGGUAGCAGAUGAAAACGAUGACUGUGCUGGUGCGGCAGCAGAUAGUGCCCGAGUCUUUAUCACAAAUGUUGCCUCUCAUGGAGGAAAUCCUAACGACUUUAAGAUCUGUGGUCAAAAGCUUCCCCCUCCUGUGUACUCCGAGGGAAACUUCAUUCAAGUGAGAUUUGAAUCUCGCACCGGCCUUGUAAACAAAGGGUUCAAUGCAACCUUUGAGGCAAUAGAUGGAGAUUUACGUAAGAGCUUUUCUUCUAUAGUAGUUUAUGAAGGAAUGUUUCCUACAGAUAUGAUCCUCGAUGAAACAUCAGGUUCUUUCUCCUCUCCCUUUUAUCCAAGAAACUAUUCAUUCAACCAGAGAUGUAGCUGGAAGAUUAUGGGGAAACAAGGAUACCGUGUUGAGCUCACAAUACCAAACUAUAAUCUACAACAUUGUGGAGACGCUGCUUGCUCGUGUGAUUAUAUGGAAGUUCAGAAUAGCUUCAGUGAUGAAGUGCUGCCUGGAAAACUAUGUGGUACACCAGGGUUUAUUCCUGUAAAGUUUUAUUCACUGCACGAAAGCUUGAGGGUGGUGUUUGUGUCCGAUGAUAAAAACAUGGAUUAUGACGGAUUUAGGGCAACUUACAGGCUGUUGAACUACAGUCCUCCAAUUUUUCCAAAAGAAGCAAUUCCUCUCUCAGGCAGCGGCAAAAUAAGCAGCACAAACUACCCAAAGAGUAACUACACCGCGUCCAGAAAUUGUACCUGGAAUAUUACCGCGCCAGCUGACAAAAUAGUAAAGUUUACGUUUACAGACUUUGUGUUAAGUGAGUGUUCAGCCAGUCCUUGUUCGGACUCUUGUUCUUAUGUGGAGCUUUAUGAUGGUGGGUCAAUAAGUUCGCCUUCACUAAGGCGAUUUUGUCAGGGGUCGACCUGGAAUCAGCCUCAGUUCUCGUCUGGAAACCAAAUGUUUGUGAAGUUCCAUCCUGGAGAAACAGUUGAUCGUGGAUUUGAAGCGGAAUAUUCAGUAUCUUUUCCCAGACCAGCAAUAUCGACAAGUCAACCGGCGACGACAUUUGUAUUGAAAACUGCAAAUGAAUCGGGAGAGAGAAGUACGUCGAAGAAAUCCUUACCACCAGUUGCCGCGAUCGGAAUAGCACUGGCUGCUGCGAUUUUUGUUUCACUCAUCAUCAUAAGGGUUUACUAUUACCAUCGUCGUGUUAGAACUCAUCCUCUGCCUAACGAGGACAAAGAGAAUUAACAUGCAGCAGAUCUCCAACUGACACCUGAACAUGAUUGACGACAAAUUUAUCAUAAAGUUAUUACAUUAUUACAAUAAUUUAGGAGACAGUGUUCUCGAGUGGUCAGAGUGCUGGAUCUUAAGCCCGGUUAUCUCUUUCAGGUCCAGGUUCCCACGCUACCACUCAACGUUUUUAUUUUUAAAUAAUAAUAAUAAAAAUAAUAAUAGCAAUAAUUUAUUAUCUUAUAUUGCGCAUGCUAAUUGACGUUAUGAUCGCGUGCACUUCACCAAAAAAAUAUGGAACAUAUGAUAAAAUUAGCAGAUAAAAUACGAUAAAAAAACUAAAAUCGCUUAAAAAUUGCGAUAUUCUCCGUUACUUUGAAUUCAACACCUCAGCUGCACUCUCAAAGUAACCAACUGGUCCACUUCCUGUCAGUCGGGAUUUAAACCAGUUUACAUUUAUUUGGAAUAUCUGUUGCACUGUGUAUAUUUAGGCCCUCAAAAGUCUCAUUGAGGAGUGGUCAAUUUUUUUUCCUCGAUGAACGCCAAAAAACUCAAACGAGACUGACAUAAUAGCCACUUUACGAGAUUGCUGGCUCACAAUCUCUUCCAGCCUUUAAUUGAGUAACUUCGGCGGAGAUCUAGGUGGAUAAACUGGAAACGAUUGUGUCUAUCCACCCGUAGUUAAACUAGAUCCAGACCCUUGAAGUGUGGAAACAUAAGAAAGCUUUGAAAAGUGACUGAGACAAUACACAAGUAAUUUAAACUUAACAGUUAUAUUAAAUCAACGGUCUCUGACUCACAUCCCAAAAUGUUCGUCUCACAACAGUCAGUUAAAAAACUAAUUAAUUUGAAUGAGUGGAUUGAAAAACGUAGAGUUAAACUUUUUUUGAGGAGGACUAGAGCGCCAGAGACACCCAAAGAGUCCCAUUUUUGACAGUCAACAUAGAAAAUAGCAUAUAGCAUUUCUUUUUUUUUUUUAAAUUAUAUGUUAUGUAAAAAAUAAAGAUAG